CCAAAGCCCGCUACGCCUUCGCACCAUAGCCAACAUGCUGCAGAGCCACUUAGCCUUCUCUGCUGUGGAGGAAACUCAUGUGGGACGCUACCACCUCCUCAGAACCAUCGGCAAGGGGGCAUCUGCCAAGGUCAAGCUGGCCCAGCACAUCAUCACCGGCCAAGAGGUAGCCAUUAAAAUAAUUGACAAGAUCCAGCACACGUCCUCCGACCUCCACAGACUAUACAGAGAGAUAGAAAUUAUGAAGGAUCUCCAUCAUCCAAAUAUUGUAAAGCUGUUUGAAGUCAUAGAGAAUGAGCACGCCCUCUAUAUAGUCAUGGAGUAUGCAAGUGGAAGGGACCUCUUUUACCACCUAGUGAAUCAUGGCUUCAUGAGCGAAAAAGAGGCCCAAACGAAAUUCCAACAAAUAGUGUCAGCGGUGAAGUACUGCCACGACAAGAGUAUUGUUCAUAGGGAUCUGAAAACAGAAAACCUACUAUUGGACAAGCGAAUGAACAUCAAACUUGCAGACUUUGGUUUAGGAACUCAAUUCACCCCAGGGAGCAAGCUGGAUACCUUCUGUGGCACUCCCCCUUAUUCUGCCCCAGAACUCCUUCAGGGAGAAAAGUAUGACGGACCCCCAGUGGAUGUGUGGAGCCUGGGAGUCAUCCUAUACUUCAUGGUAACUGGAUCUCUGCCUUUUCGUGGGAAGACCUUGACGAAGCUGCGAGAGCAGGUGCUGCAGGGACAAUAUCACGUUCCCUUCCACAUGUCUAGCCAGUGUCAACACCUGCUCAGUAAAAUUUUCAUUCGUGACCCAAGAAAGAGAGCCACGUUAGAGGACAUCCUGGCACAUCCAUGGAUGAAGGUGAGCCAUGAAGAAAAACAAAAGCUCUAUGUGCAGCCACUCCCAGACUACGAUAACCACUGGCACACUGAGGUGACGGUGAACACGGGUUACGUGCAGGAAGACAUUCAUGACUCACUGUUGAACCACAAUUACAAUGAUGCGAACGCCACCUAUCUGAUCCUGCGUCACGACACAUAUGAGAUUGACAGCCACACCAGCACCCUGGAACCCCAGGCUGAAGCCCAUUGCACCGAUAGCCACACUCCUUCCUCAUCCCAUGAAGUGCCUCCUACCGUCUGUCCUAAACCCAAACAGCGUAGUUACACCGAGCCCACCAUUCCCACCUUUGGUUACUACAUCCGCGAUGCUUUGAACACUCUCUCUGAGGGAGGGAUGGGGACCUCCAUGGUGUCUACUUCUCCAUCAUUCUCCCUGGCCCUGGCCCACCUGCGGCAGCAAUCUACCACAGCCUGGGCACAGCCCAACCAGGACUCUGACCUGUAUGCCAAGGGGAGAAACAGUGAGGUGCCACAGCCCAUCACACCACCCCAGUGUGUUUCUGUGCCUUCCUCCUCAGCCUACACCAUCAACGAGAGUGCCGGGGCCCCGGAGAAAACCAGUUUUACCCAGGGAAUAUCAAAACUAAGCUCCGUAAAUGAGGAGCAGGUGCAUGAGUUACCUGACCAGCCGAGUUUGCCCCAGACUGUGAGUCCAGCCUCUUCCUCUGUCAGCAGCCAGGGCUGGAAGCAGGCCACUGGGAGGUUCUUUAAGCUCAUGAGAAGAUGCCUUUGUUUUACAUAUGACAAAAAGGACCACAAAGCAUCGGACAGCAAAGCUGCACAAAUGAUCAAACCUCAACAGGCCAAACCACGCUCUCUCAAAUUUACCUGGAGGAUGAAGAUCACCAGUUCCUUGGAGCCCGACGAGAUGCUGCAGGAGAUCUGUCAAGUGUUGGAUGCCAAUGGCUGUGACUGGGAUCUCACACACAAAUACACACUGCUGUGUAUGAAUGGCACACCAGGACAACAGGACUUCACUCAGUGGAGGAUGGAGGUGUGCACCCUGCCUCGGAGGACUCUCAAUGGGGUAAAAGUGAAGAGAAUUUCAGGGACCUCUGAGGCCUUCAAUAACAUCGUCUCAAAAAUCACCAGUGACCUUGCACUUUAA